GAGUCUGCUGUUGUCACUCAUACAUCCCAUACCAGUGGAAGUCUUUGUCAGAGGCAGGAAACUGGGGGAGAACAGAAUAGUACAGCUGCCAACUCUCCUUUUGGACGUAACAGGAAAAACAAAAAGAGAACUGCAACAACCACGAGACAAUCAACAGAAGCUCCAGGAAAUAACAGGGGCACCCCGGAGGCUGGUAGAGGGAGUGCAGCGAGGCCCACAAAAACAACAGGAAGUAGAGCAGAGACAGAUGGAACUGUUUUAUUCAGACAGUCAGCAGUGGCAUCUGUGAUUGGUGACGGAGGAACCACAAAAAUCAGCGUAGUCCCAGAUCAGAAGACACUCCAUUACCCAUAAAGCCAGUGUCUGGUGAAGGGAAGUGUGCUCACAGGAAGGCAGUGGCCUGCCACCACCAUCGUGGAAAAACAGGAAGGAGAGAGAGGAGUGAGAAGCUGGCCUGCUGAUACAUGAGUGAGUUGACAGCAGCAGUGACACAGACAGAAAAGGGAGCUGCUGAGAGUCUUCCAGCAGAAGAAGCUAAAGUGAUCUUUGCUCUGGAAUCAGCUGCAGGGAGGACAGGUUCCAUGGGUCAGGAACAAUCCCAGGAUCCCCAGGAAAGCCAGCCAGACCAAGAGCAGCCAAGCCAACUUGACACCAUGAACAACACUCCUCAGGCUGGCAGGAGGACCAGCCCCACGUCUUCAGACAAAGAAAGAAAAACUUGGAAAGGGCUGUGGCAGGAUGGAGGCUGGAUUGGAAGCAGAAUGGGAUCUGCCCCACAUGAACCUGAAACUGUGGCCAAAACCAUCUGGUAUCAGGGUGAAAGCGUAGACCAGGAUGCCAAUGAAGACUGGAACAGAAAGGAAGUAAACUCCCAGUCAGUUUGGUAUGACAGUGAAACAACGGAUCAGAAAAAACAGGAACAGCCGGAGCAGGGAAUGAGAAAGCAGAAAACAUGUGAUUUGAGCUUAGCCCAAGCUUCUGGUCUUAGUUCUCCACAGCUGUUAGAACAGGAUCUUACUUCUUAUCAACUGUCUGCAGCUCUUAGUCAGCCACAUGCUGCUGGAACACAGCCAGCACUGUCACAUGGGCCUGGUCCACAAAGACGGGAAGUACAUGGCCAACAGCGUGAGGAGGAAGUAAGGCCAGAUUGGAAGGAGGGAGGAGUGGACGGAGAUGGAGGGGAGGUCAGUAAUAGAGAGAGGACUUACAGCAUAAAGAGUCCUGAAACGGCAGACGUCGAAGACGGAAGGGGAGAGAAGCAAGGGAACAAAGAAAGAGGAGCAAAGGGCAGAAAAAAGAGGAGGAAGAAAAGGGGGAAGAGAGGGGGCGCACAGGCCAAGAUCAGCUCCAGCUCUAGUAUAGAGUCUCAGAGUCAGAUAGAGAUAAAGACACAGAGAGAACAAGUGACAGACCUGAACACCCAGUCAGGGACUGACUCAGAAGCCAAGGAUAAAACAGAAAGGGCAGACGUCCGUUCUCCAGCCCGAAGAGAGGAAGCUGAUGAGGACGCCAUGCAUCUACCUAGCCAGACAGAGUGGCAGACUAGGGAUGCACAUGGACCUGACUGUGACGUCACCAAUUUGGACCCAAGUUAUAUGACUCCAGACUUCAGUCCAACAGAUGACAAGAGAACAAGUAUGACUGAAGUUACAGCUUUACAGACACCAGAAACGAAGGAAUUAUUGGAGGAUGAUGACCUAGAUUUUCAUGGGCUUGAUCAUUCUGACCUGAACUCUGCUGUCACUGCUUCACAACUUAGUCAAAUGGACACCAGAAAGGCAGAUAUAGAGGAAAUAAAAACUGUGCAACAGGUAAAUAUGGACACACUUGACCUUACAGAGCUGGAAUUAAAGGGGCUUGCCAGUCAGGUCCAACUUACUGUGGAUAAUGUGGAGUCAAAGGCAUUGUCAGAAACUGAGGAUCUGACAGUUGCUGGUAAAGCUGUUACAUUCGUGGGCCACACAGGUUUGGUGGAAUCUAACUGUGCAAAGGAACUUCCUGUCAUACUUCCAGAUUGUACGGAAUUCACAAAGGACUCGUUUCUUGAGGAUUUUCCUGAAAAGCAUACACAAAAUGUACAAUCUGUGGAGUCAAACAAACAAGUAAAACCUGUGAAUCCCAUGGGAAGACCUGUAGGAGUUAUGGAACCUCUGUGUGCCACAGAAGCUGGGGAUCUGCUGUUUAAAGGUAAAGCGGAUGUUUCACCACCACAAAUAUGGGAGGGACGCCCUGAGACAACUGGGAGGGAAAAUCUAGAACAUUGUUUGGGCUGUGAGAUGCUGAGAGAUGAGCAGAGCAAGGAGGAAAAAAAAAAUGAGUUGUGGGUGGGUGAAGAGGAAGCAGGUAAGGGAAGAAGUAGGAGCGAUGAUUAUGACUGUGGGAUGGUGCAUGCUAAGGAGUUAUCUCCCAUGGACAGCGAACAAGAGCAGAACUAUAGUGAAGACCUAGUUGCCACAGCAGUAGCAGUUGUAGCAGUAGCAGUAGCAUCUGCCAUGGCUAGCAUAGAACUGAGCCAACAAUUAGCAAACAAUUGGUCAGAGAAUGAAGAGUCAUUAAACCAGCUGGCAGAUGAUUUACUCAACAAUGAUCAGUCCACACAGCCGAUUAACAAAGAUAGAGAAUCCUGUCAGCUGUUAGCAGCUGAGACAGGACACCAACCUGUAGAACAUUCACACAUUGUACCUACUAAUCCAUUUGCCUCUAAAGAACAAGCUGAUGUUGAAAUAUCAGAGGAGUCUGAUUCUGUAGUGUUGCCUUCUACCACUGAGACAGAAAAUCUAUCAACAGCACAGCUAAGUGUUGACCAGCAGACUAACCUUGACCUGUCAGCACAUGGAGAUGCUCCAAGUUUACACCAACUUGACAAAGAGGACGUCCAGUCAGAAACUGCAGAAGUCUCUAAGUGUUUACAACUUAAAGAAGAAGACAGCAAACUACAAGUUAACAUGAAACCUUUGCCAGAAGCAAAUGAAAUUAUUACAACCGAGGUGGACAGUCAAAGUCACACGCAGGUAGAAAUCCCCCCCUGUCCUGUUAUAGACCCAGGACAACAUCCAGAGGUGUCUGACAUAUUUUGCCAUGACUCUGAGGAGAAUCAUAGAGGCCCCCAAGAUCAGUCUGUCUGUCAGGAAGAGAGUGUGAUACAACAUGAUGAAGAUAGUAGUCACCCUUUAGAAUCCAUAACAACUGAUGGUGACGUAGGAGGGCAGACGCAUGAGCAGGACAGUCUACACAGUUCAAAGUGUAAGGAACCUGAGAGCAUGUCAGACUCAGACCGUCAAACUGGAGAGCAUGAGAGGGAUCCACAGCUGGAUGGUCAGGUUAAAACACCAUGUGAAGGGGAGAUUCCUACUUUGGCGCAUACUUGCGACUCAACGCUUCCUGUUACCUCCUGUGACUUGACUCCUGUGGCCAAUCCCAGUCCAGAUGAAGCAACUGCCCCUGCCAAUGUGGAAACAGGUGAAUGCCAGUCAUCCCAGUCAUUGCCGGACAUGAGGCUUGUCUCUGCCAUCCCUCUUGAUGACAGCAGUAGCAUGUUCCAGAGCGAAGGUCGUGAGGCUGUGGCUGUGGAUCAUGCUCUGGAUGCAGUGGAUGGAUGGAAAGAGAGAGAGAAGAAAAAGAUGCAAAGGAAAGAGGAAGCAAUAGAAGAGAUGGUCAAAGUGGACAUCACAUCCCAGAUAGCAGCUGAGGAAGAGUGCCAACAGACCAGGAAAGACUCAGACAGCACACACACACUGCAGAUCCAGAGGGAGAGGGAUGUUUUCUACCCUGUCCAGCCAUGCCCUGAGCCCAACACAGAAACGACAUGUACAGAUGUCCAUCCAGACAGGGAGGAGUGUGUGCCGGUGUGUUUGUUGCACAGAGACAAAGACAGUGUCAAAGUCAGUGUGAAACUGGAUGACAGUGUCUUCAAAAAGCCUAAAGAUCCCCCCUUCUGUGUUGAACACGAGGACAGAGGGGUUUGUGUUUCAUGCUCAACCACAAAUAAGGCAUUGACACAGGAAGCUCUCAAUCCCACUGAGGGCGCUUUGUCAGUGGGCACACCUGAUGAGGGGGCCCCUCAGAGCCCCAGGCUGUCCUGGAAGUCAGAAACAGAGGACAGAGGAAGAGGAGAGACAGAUGAAGGAGGAGAGGAAGAAGAGAAGAAAGACCAUCUUUCAGAAAAUCCUGUCUCCUCUGCCAUCUUGCGAGCCACCAUCCGUUCCUUGUCUCCACCGCGUCGUCACAGCUGGGAGCUGAACAGGAACAACGCCACUGCAGACACUGACAUCACACAGAGCAGCUCACUGAAGAGUCUGUCAGGAGAGGUGAAGAGAGCUAAGCCCCCCCUUCACAGGAGAAGCUACAGCCUGGAGGGUCUAGAGGUGGAGAAGGGAUCGGUCCAGACUCAGUGUCCAAGCGUCAGUGAUCAGGAGGAGAGGUCUACUGGGACGAGUUUACAUCUGGACAGCCAGGAGAGAGGCUCAUUGGUUUCCCUCACUGAGGAGGAGCAGGAAAGAGACGGAAGCAGCAUCGAUAGCCAGCCAUCACAUCAAGUACUGUCAGUGACAAACAGCUGUCCUGCCAUGUUCCAUCACCAAUUCCUCACCAAAUCCAUCUCCAUGGUUGCCAUCAAUCAGCGUGAUAUAGAUGGGGUGAGCUCCUUGUCCAGUAACUCCGGGUCGCUAGAAUACAGUAUUUCAGAGGAGGAGCCGGGCCCUCUGCGGAGUGACACUGAAGGAAAAGGGGGACCUAAAAUUAGUCGGACAUUCAGCUACCUCCGAAGCAAGAUAAGCAAGAAAGGCAAGGAGAAGGACAGAAAGGGAGAGAGAGAACGAGAGAGUAAAGACAGAGACAAGAAGAGUGCAAACGAUCAUGUCUUACUCCCAGUUAGCCCAUCUCCUUCUACAGCCAGCAUCAAAGUCCUGCAUAAUAAGGAAACUUUCCUCUGCAACACUGCAUCUUCAGCAUCAUCUGUAUCUUCCACAUCCUCCUCGUCAUCACGGGAACGCUGGUCCACAGCCACCACUCCUGAUGACCAGUUUAUUCCAUGGAGACACUCCAGUAUCUUCAACCCACACAGCAACCUGGCCAAGAGCAUCUCCACCAGCAACAUAGCAGGGUUAGAUGAUGUGCCACUGAAAGGCCUGAAGUUUCUGUCCCAGUCCACUGACUCUCUCAAUCAGGGGAGCAAAGUCAGUGCCUCAACUGAGUCACUCACCGAUGACGGUACUGAGAUGAUAGACAGUCAGCUGAUUGGAGAGUUUGAGUGUGACAUUAAAGAUCUGGAAGCUGAUUCUUGGAGCGGUAUGAUGGAUAAGAAGUUCUUGAAAAUGUUGAGGAAAGAUGAAAUCAAGAAACAAGAUGUCAUCUAUGAGUUGUUCCAGACAGAGGUCCACCAUGUGAGGACGCUGAAGAUCAUGUCUGAAGUUUACUAUAAAGGCCUUCAGAAGGAGCUGCAGUUUGACACUCACACUCUGGACAAGAUUUUCCCAGUUUUGGACAGCCUGUUUGACACACACUCACAUUUCCUCACCCUGCUCCUGGAGAGAAAGAGGGCUUCAACAGUUAAGGGACAAAACAACAACAGCUUCUACAUCUGUAGCAUCGGGGACAUCCUACUCAACCAGUUUUCAGGCUGCAGUGCUGAUCGUAUGAAGAAAGUUUAUGGGAAGUUCUGCAGUCGCCACAAUGAAGCUGUCAAUCUCUACAAAGACCUGCAUGCCAAAGAUAAACGCUUCCAAGCUUUCAUCAAGAGGACAAUGAGCAGCAGCAUUGUGCGGAGACUCAGUAUUCCAGAGUGCAUUUUGUUGGUCACUCAGAGGAUCACAAAAUAUCCUGUUCUCAUCCAAAGGAUACUUCAGCACACUAAAGACUCAGAUAAAGACUACGGCUCUGUUUAUGAAGCUCUGCGCUGUGUGAAGGAGUUAAUCAUGGCUGUGGACAGUAAAGUCAACGAGCAGGAGAAGAAACGGAGACUGAGGGAAGUCUACAGUCGCACUGACAGUAAGUCCAUCAUGAGGAUGAAGAGUGGUCAGAUGUUUGCUAAAGAGGACCUGAUCAGAGGGAGGAAGUUGCUGCAUGAUGGAGCACUGCAGCUGAAAACCUCUGCUGGACGACUCAAAGAUGUUCAGGCCUUGCUCCUGUCUGAUGUGUUGGUCUUUCUUCAGGAAAAAGACCAGAAAUAUGUCUUUGCCUCAUUGGACCAUCGCUCUACAGUCAUCUCUUUACAGAAUCUAAUAGUCAGAGAAGUGGCCAAUGAGGAGCGAGGUCUCUUUCUCAUCACAGCUGGUAUAGAAAGACCAGAGAUGGUGGAGGUGUUGGCCAGCAGCAAGGAGGAGCGCAACACAUGGAGGGCCAUUAUACAAGACACCAUGCACUGCAUGGAGAAAGAUGAGGAUGAGGGAGUUCCCAGUGAGACAGAAGAAGACAGGAAGCAGCAGGAGAACAAAGCAAAGGAGAUCCGAGAGCUUCUACGGAGGAAAGAUGAGCAGAUCAUCUCUUUAUUGGAGGAGAAGGUCCACAUCUUUAGAGAUCUGAGUGACUGGAACCCCCCCCCUGAUGAUCCAAAUCCACCCGUCAGGGAGCAGAUGUUAUUCAUGGCCACACCUGAUGAUAUCACAAAGGGGGAGCCAAUUAUAAAGGAUGCCCUCAGGGAGGUGGAGACCCUGCAUGCUUUAGUCAACUGUGCUGUUGGUGGAGCAGACUGCAGUGUUCCAGCUGGCCUGACAGGGGGCAGUGUAGGACCAGUCUCUCUGCCCAGGAGAGCUGAGACAUUUGGAGGCUUUGACAGUCAUCAGAUGAGCAGCAAGAAUGGAGAGAAGGAAGAGGGGGAUGAUUUGCUAGACCUCCGCAGGACUGAGUCAGACAGCGUGUUGAAGAAGGGAGUCACUGCCAGCCUACAGAUGUUGCUGAAGAGAAACAAUGAGCAGGUUCAGCACAGUGUGACACAUCUUCACGACCUGCUGAUUUCACUGCAGGCUGUGGUGGUUCAGCAGGACUCGUUCAUUCAGGAGCAGCGGCAGACCCUGAAUGAGCGGCUCAAUGCCAAUUCCUCCAGACACUCGUCCUCCUCCUCACUCUCAUCCUCUUCCUCCUCAUGCCCCUCCUCCUUCAUGGAGCAGGAGAAACAUAGGAGUCUGGAAAGACAGCGACAGGAGGCGGCCACUCUGCAGAAACAGCAGGCUGCAUACCAGGAGGAAAAGAGGAGGAGAGAGAAGGCAUGGGACUUGAAGGAGAAAGGUCUGGCAGAGCGGGAGGAGAGGCUAAGAGUAGAGGAGGAGCAGACCAGCAAGAGGCGUCAAGAGCUGUUGGAGGAGAGAGAGACACUGCAGAGGAAGGAAGAGGAGUACCAGAGAGAGAUGGAGAGGGUGAGGGAGGCACAGAGGAGGCUGGAGAGAGACAUGGAAGCUCUAAGGAGAGACACAGAGAGACUGGAGGCCACGAAGAGAGACAAGUUGGAGCAGCUUCAGAGGUACCAGCGUACCCCCUCCACAACCUCUGAAGACUCCAUAAAGUUCCCCAGCUCUGGAUCUCUGGAUCUAGAUUCAAAUCAAGCAGUAGAACAGCCAAAAGAGGUGGAGCUCUCUUCCUCUGCACCAACCAAAGAACCUUUCCUCCGCAUUGGAUCCAAGAGGAUGAGCAAAAGCUUUAACCCCUUUUCCUCCUCUAAGCCUCAGGGAGCAGAGAAGGAGUCCAAACGGCUCCAGCUGGCCAAACCCAAAGAGAAGAAAGACAAGAAGAAGAAGGGCAAAGGAGAGCAGACACAGACAGAAAGCAAAGUCGCAGUGAUGUUGGAUCCUCAGAAUGAUGGAGAUAUCUUCUUUUGCUGAGGACCUGGAUGAUGCACAUAUGAAUUGCAAACGUUCCUGAGGAUGUAGAAAACUGGCCAGUAAAGCAAACAGGACCCCAGCUGUCCCCUAACUCUCUGUUUGGAUAUACUGUCUGGCCUCUGGACAGUGGACACUGUCCCUACCCUCCUGUCAAACAGGAUGGAUCAUCAUGAACGAGAAGCUGCCAGAUUCUUGGGAUGACAGUUUGACUUACCUACAUGGGUCCCACUUCCUCCUAGAGAAACCAGGUGAAGUCAUGUUGAGUUGAUGAUUUAAUCAGGAGGACUUUAAUCGACAAAUGUGCCAAAAAUGUUCCCUACAACCAUCUGUCAGAGAUGUGACUGAGGUCAAGGAGGAUCAAAGGAGCAGUGUGAGAGGAAACACAAGAGGAAAGCAGGAUUUCUUCCUGCUGUCAGUCGACAGAUGAUGUGUUAGACCCUGUCACAUGGUGCUUCAAGUCAGACUUUAAACUGUAGCUUUAAUAUGAACCAAUAAUGAGUGCCUUUGCCUUUGAAGUAUUUCUGAUACUAACUUUGAAUGCUUGUGGUGCUGCUGACUCCUCAGUUUCAGUGAGCAGUUACACAGUCUGGGUCCCAGGCUGAACAGCUCCAGGAACUUUGAAUCUCAAGUGUGAUUUAAGUUUCCCCACAUGUUGUAUGCGCAGUUUUAUCUGUCAAUCUGUCAAUCAAGACAUAAAAGGGAAGACAGAUGCCACACCGUGUGGUGUUUGUAACAGUUAGUAACCCAUGAACCAUUUGUCACUGUUCCUGCUGAGGUCAAUGUGUAUAACAAGGCCACAGACAUAAUCAAUCAAUGAUACGUCAGUCACCAGAGAGAUGGAUGAAUCUAUAGAGACAGGUUGAGUGGUCAUGACAAAGUGUGGGGUGACUCAGUUGUUUUAGUGCCUUAAGUCUCUAAUAUAGUAUCUGUCUGAUGACUGUUGUGAUAGUGGAAUGAAGAGCAUGCUUACAGUAGAUGUUUUUUUCGUAACGCUUUUGUCAGAUAAUUAACUGCAAUCUCUAAAAAAUUCAUUGUUCUUGGUAGGUGGUCAUUUAUUUUAGUGGUGAAACGCACCAGUCAGACUAGAACAGCUCAGUAUGAGCUCUACAGAAGAAUGAGUGAUAAUCUGUAGGCCCUAAUCACACAGAAAGUAAUUUGCAGGUUGCAAAACACGAGGCGCCAUUUAAAAAAAAGAGAGAGAGAGAAUGCCACAAGUAAAACAAAAAAAAACUUUAAAAAAAAGGUUUGCUGCGUCUAUUUAUUGUUGCCAGGCAACCUUCCCAUGCAAUCAGUCUACUGUUUUUUUGUUUGUUUGUUUUUUUAAUUUAUUUUCUCAUUUUAUUCUAUCUUUAUUUAUUUGACAGUAAUUAGUAUCUAGUUCCUAAAAUGGACAAGCAGAGGGUACUUGCUGUAGCUCUGGUUGAGGGUGAGAGGCUUUCAGCAAUUAAUUUGUUGGGCACAGGGAAACGGAUAUUUGUGUGGGUACAUGACACCCUAAAAAUGAGGGUGGAUCAUGGGGAGUACCACCAGUUGGUCCAGGAGCUUCGCCUCCAUGAUGGCUGUUUCCAGGCAUGUUUUAGGAUGACUCUGGGGGCAGUUUUACAGCCUGCUGUCUAUCGUCGGGCCUCGCAUAACAAAAAUGAAUACUAACUACAGGGAGUCCAUUAGUCCUGCUGAGGGACUGAGCACCACCAGUUUUUCUUUCAUUGUUUUGUCGUGGGGGCGUCAGUACCUUAGUGGAUAGUGCCAGCGCCCCAUGUACAGAGGCGCUUCCUCGCCGCAGCAGCCACCGGGUCGACUCUGGCCUGCGGCCCUUUGCUACAUGUCAUUCCCCCACUCUCUCUCCCCUAUUUCACACUGUCCUGUCCAUUAAAGGCAAAAAGCCCAAAAAAAUAAUCUUUGAAAAACGUGUUGUCGUGACCAACACAGAAGGCCCACAUCUCAAAUAAUCUGAUUGGACAAUGGGAAAAAAGCAGAAAUGAGCUCUUCUGCUCUGAGUUGAAGUUUUUUCAAUUCCAGGAGACACCAGGUCCUAAAGCACAGAAACGUGAAGCACGUAGCAACGCAAAAACAGUGAGCAAAAAGCUUCAUUCAGCAGCCUCUUACAGCCAUGAUUGGGGCCUUAAUCGUCUUUCAGUGUGACAAUCAUGGCAAUUCAAUUCAAUUUCCAUUUACUAUUGCAACUAUAUCCUUGAAUUGACUGCACAGAGCCCCCAAAGUCAUAAAAUAUUCUAUUUUUCAUAUUGUUCCCAGAAUGGGUAUCUAUCAGGACUUUGGGGGCUCUGUAUGCUUCUGUAUUUGACAUAUUGACAUAUUGUCACAUUUCUGCAUGUCCAUUUAAAGCUGGGGGUAGGCUUGUUUAAUUUUGGCGUCAUGGGCAAAAACGCCACAAUAGAAUUUGAGGAUAUUGUAAUUAAGUCUGAUUCAAUGACUUCAUUACAACUUCCUCCUGCAGAGAAAGUUGCUAUUCCAGCAUUGGUAGGAACCUAAAAAAGGGAGAUGGACUGACCAAAAAGUGAGUCUGAAAGAGAGUCUGUCAAUAACUGAAAUAUAACACUUGUCAAUGUCAGAAAAGUGUUUUAGAGAUGCUAAUUGUUUAGCAUUCUGCUAACCAGAGCCAAAAAGCUCCCAGCUGCAGAUUUAAGUUUGUAGAUUUAAGGUUGUAUUUUCAAAUGCUGCCCCUUUUUUCUCCUUUUCCAGAUUUCUGCCUAGCCCAGCUUUAAGUGAAAUGAAAUAGAGUUGGGCGGUAUCCAAAUUUUGUUAUCCUUAAACCUUCCCCACAUUUUCCCGGGGUAUACGGUAUUACCGUGACUAAUUAAAAAUCACUUUGAAGGGCUCAGAGGGAAGAGUCGCCAAAAUGUCGGCUUGUGCCUAUACCGUUCAGAAACAGAAUAGCAAACAUUACAUAGGCCUAAGAAUACUGAAAAAUAACAACAAAGCAUGUACAACAUUUACAACUUUUAUUAACAAAUAUUUAAAAAAGUGCAAAUGCAGCAGUCAACCAAACAGAAUGAAAUAACAACAAAUUGUCUGUGGGCUACAGUCCACUUCCAAAAAAGUAACAAUAAAUAACGGAGGUAACGAUUAUGUUUGCUAUACAGCGUAUCCUCAGACCACAGCUGGUACUGUCCCAUGGUUUAUUUUUAGAACCUAUCAACAUAAAUCAAAUAAACACACAGCAUCCAGUACUAGGGCUUAUCAAAUAAUAAAAACAGAACAAUAAAUAACAAGGCAUAACCGAAAAUGGGCAUAUAUAAUCCUAUUCUGAGAAGCAAUGGGAAAUAGGCUACUGUUGGUUGGUUUAUUUUUAGGGCCUACCUUUAGUUUGAAAAGUUCACCCUCUCCAAGUCCGAACUUUUCUGUCAGUCAGAACAGAACUACUCCUCAUUGAAAAUGACAUAAAAACAAAGUAUAAUAACUAUAGCAGCAUCCUAUGCUUCAAAACUAUUCAGGGAUUUUCACCAGAAAAAACAGCAUAUUUACUUUUUCCAGCUGGAGCAGGGCACGUAGUGGAUUGACAACAUCGGCCGCGGUGCUGAACACCCGCUCUGAUGGAGAGCUUGUGGCACAAACGCACAGGUACUUUCAGGCAGCCCUCGACAUCAGAGGAAAAUGCCUGGCUCCAUCACAUCUCCACCAGAGAAGGAGGUCUUCGUCUCCCUGAAUAACAGGCUCGCAACAGGCAGUUAUCUCUGCUCCUGCUCGCUCCUGUAUGGUGCCGAGCGGACCUACCACCACAUCGGCUUUCCUUUGAAGGAGACUGCCCAGAGUCAUCUGUUUUUCGGUGAUUCGGGUUGCGCUUUUCCCUCCUCCACUCUGACGGCCACUGGACCUGCUGCUGCUGCUGCUUGCAGAAGUUGUGGUUUUUUGCAACCAAUUGGCUUGAUGCGCGGCUUGCCAUAUUUUCUUCUCUGUCUCACAUCCGAGCUGUCGCGUGACGAUGUCACAUCCAAAAACUUUAUCAAAUGUCAUCUCCCGACAACAGUUAAGGGCAGUUAUAAGAGAAACAUUAUAGCCUACUAUUAGUUUUAAAUUGUAAUAGUAUUAAAUUGAAAACUCAACCACACAUACAUAGAUGCUGGACAAACACUCAUUAUUUAGGCAUUAAUAAAUAAAUUGUAUUUAAUAUUAUAUCAGGCCCCUAUAGGCCUAUAUGGGCAGUUUUAAUGACUGUAAUGAAACUGAUACCGUUGCUAUUUUUAGAUACUGCGGGAUACCUUAUUACCAUAUUAUCGCCCAACCCUAAAAUGAAAUAAUUAAAAGUGCACCGAUUAAACACUGUAAUGGUUUCACUAAAAUUAGUGUGACACUCAGUAUGUUGACAUGACAUAAGAGAAAAUGGAUUUGUUGUGUUAGUCCUUUUUAAACUGGACUUUCAAAAUACAUGUAAACAUAUUAGUCUGAUUGAAAUCAAUCAAUCAAUCAAUUUUAUUUAUAAAGCCCAAUAUCACAAAUCACAAUUUGCCUCACAGGGCUUUACAGCAUACGACAUCCCUCUGUCCUUAUGACCCUCGCAGCGGAUAAGGAAAAACUCCCCAAAAAAAACCC